AUGUCCACGAUUGUUGCCAUUAAGGAGGAAGCUGUGGAUAUAGGUGCAGCAGCCUUCACAACAUCCCUGAAUUUUCUGUCAAACACCUUAUUCUCUGUUGAUUUUGCUGAUUAUGAGUCAAAUGCGUCUCAAGAGGUGAUCGAAAUUAUAUCCGGUGUGGUGGGUAUCAUAGCCAAACCAAAUCUUUCUGACUUCUUUCCCAUGCUCCCAGCGAUUGAUCCACAGGGUAUUAGGCGUAAGACCAACUUUUACUUUGGAAAAUUCGAUGAGAUUAUUGGACUUACAAGAAAGAGGGAAAUCCCCUGCUUAUUUGAGGAGAAUGACUUGUUAGAAGUUCUAGAUUUCUUUCUUGCAGCAUUUGAGGCAACUUCAUCAACAGUAGAAUGGGCAAUUGCAGACUUGUUGCGGAACCCUGAAAAAAGAGAAAAAGCUAGAUCUGAGAUCAGAGAAGUCGUUGGACAACAUAAACUAGUUCAGGAAUCAGACAUUUUGGCGCUCCCUUACUUGAAGGCAAUUGUUAAAGAGACCUUUCGCCUUCACCCUCCAGUCACCACAGUGAGCCGCUACUAUGAGGCCGAUGUAGAAAUUGACCGGUACAUUGUGCCAAAAAAUACUCUAGUACUUGUUAACAUUCGGGCCAUUGGUAGAGAUUCGAGCUUGUGGUCGAACCCUGAAUCAUUUGUGCCUGAACGACUCUUGGACAGUGAAAUUGAUGUAAAAGGGCAGCAUUUUGAGCUCCUUCCGUUUGGCACAGGCAGGAGAAUUUGUCCUGGAAUUCCGCUGGGCGAUCGAAUGGUUCAUCUCAUGGUGGCUUCAUUCCUUCAUACUUUUGAUUGGAAGCUCGAAGCAAGGAUGAGACCAGAAGACAUGGACAUGAAAGAAAAGCUUGGAAUUACUAUGCAUAAGGCACAUUCCAGUUGGAACCAAAAUGUAACCAUUCUUGUUACAAAUUAG